GCCCCUAUAUAGGAUAUGCUUCUAGGCUCCUGUGAACUCAGGACACCUACUGCUCUCCAUUGAAAUCUUUCAGUUUCAGCUUCAGCUAGAGGUAAAGAAGUCUGAUCAUGAGGACUCUUGGCAUCGUCCUGCUGAUCUCCCUGACUCUGUGCUGCUUCUUGGAUACUGCACGAGCUGAAAUCCAAGAUCCUGUCUGCAAUGACUUCCCAGGAUGCUACAAAAUAUAUCUUCCUGUCUGUGGCACUGAUGGAAAGACUUAUGGCAAUGAAUGCAUGCUCUGUCAGGAAAAUAAGUUAAGAGAUGUUCCUGUCCGAAUCCAAAAAGAAGGGGAGUGCUGAGGAACUAAAAUAUCCUGGGCCCCAGUGGGACAGCAUCAUAGCUGACCAGCCUGAUUCUUUAAUAAAUGUAUAAGAUUGA